AUGUCCACCCCACCUGCGGACAAACCUCGAGGGGUUCAAGCCAUUCUCUGGCUCGAGAAAUACAUGCCCAUUAUAUUUCUCGUGCUGUUCAUAACGCUAGCCUGCCUAUCCGGUGCCUAUCACCAUAGAGUCUAUUCACAUCCGGAGCUUUUCGAGCCUCCAUAUAGCCCCUAUAUCAAGCCCGGUACAGACGGGCCGUUAAUAACUGCAUGUCUUCUUACAUGUAUCGGGGUGGCAGUGUUCCUCCUGUCUAUCUUUAUACCACAUAGUGGACUAUGGUGGUUCGCUUGUGUCGUUACUCGCUUCAGUCUUGCUACGGGUCUCAUCGCUUCUGCCGUCCUUCAAUCGCGAUAUAUGCCGCUUCCUCUCGGAUCAUGCGAAAAUGAUAACAUUUGGCGAGACCCAACUGGUAUCACAGAAGGAACACCCACAAUGUUCGAGGUACUACCGAUUCAAUCGGGCAAGAGUAAAUUUGGUAGGCGUUAUAAAAAUCGGCCAUGUGAUGCACUAGUCACUGUUUGGAGAUUCGAGAUUGCCUUAGCGGUAUUGACCGUACUCUGUGGUCUAUAUGCCUGCUUCCUCGUUGCGUAUGCAGUGAUCGCGGAUAAUCCAGUGACAUCGGCGCCUGUGGGUGCGGCGCUUCAGUGGCUUGGGAAACCUUUCAAGUCUGUAGCGGGCUGGGGCAAGGGCAGACGUAGCAAGGAAAGGAAAGAAGAUGAGGCAAAACUCCUUGCUACCGAUCCUGAAGGCUUGGGAUAUGUCGAUCACGAAAUGGGCAUCAGAGCCCGUCCGAUAUGA